GGCGGGGCGCUACAGCUUUCCCGGCCCCCGGUGCCGCCGCGGCGGGAGUCGCACGCCCCGUCCUCCGGUGCGGGCGGGCUGCGGGGAGCGCGGCGGGGGGGGGCAGCGCCGAGCCCCGGGCUCGCCCCGCGUUGUGACCGGGACGGAACGUGGCGUCCCCGGCUGCGGGCGGCGGUACCGGCAGCCGCAGCCCCGGAGCUGGCCCCGCAGCAAGGAGUGUUCCAGCUGCCUGCACUUGGACCUGGAGGAAGCGCCUGGAGCUGGCGGAGAAGGAUCAUGUGCUGACAGUGUCCACGUCCCACUUCGUCCCCCAUCCCGGGCCCAGCAAGCGCCCAGCGAGGAUGAGGCUGCCGGCUCUCACCGUGCUGCUGGCAGCAGGGCUCCUGCACACACAGGCCUCCCCCCUGGCACGCUCCUUCCAGCUGGAUUACGAGGGGGACUGCUUCCGCAAGGAUGGUGCCCCUUUCCGCUACAUCUCGGGCAGCAUCCACUACGCCCGCGUCCCGCGCCCCGCCUGGAGGGACCGGCUCCUCAAGAUGUACAUGAGUGGGCUCAGCGCUGUGCAGGUCUACGUGCCCUGGAACUACCACGAACCGCUGCCGGGGGUCUAUGACUUUGCCGGGGACCGGGAUGUGGAAGCCUUCCUGGACCUGACAGCCGAGCUGGGGCUUCUGGUGAUCCUGCGGCCGGGGCCCUACAUCUGUGCAGAGUGGGAGAUGGGCGGCCUGCCUGCCUGGCUCCUGUGGAAACCAGACAUCGUCCUGCGCUCCUCCGACCCCGCCUACCUGGCAGCUGUGGACUCCUGGCUCCAUGUCCUGUUACCCAAAAUCAAGCCACGCCUGUACCAGAAUGGGGGGAACAUCAUUAGCGUGCAGGUGGAGAACGAAUACGGGAGCUACUACGCCUGCGACUAUGGGUACCUGCAGCACCUCCUGGGCUCCUUUCGGGUGCUGCUGGGGAGCGAGGUGGUGCUCUUCACCACCGACGGCACACGGGCGGAGGAGCUGCGCUGCGGCACCUUGCAGGGGCUCUACGCCACCAUCGACUUCGGGCCAGGCUCCAAUGUGACGGAGGCGUUUGGUGCCCAGCGCUGGGUCGAGCCGAAGGGGCCCCUGGUGAACUCCGAGUACUACACGGGCUGGCUGGACUACUGGGGGGGAGCGCACGCCAGCACCAGCUCGGCGCUGGUGGCCCAGGGGCUGGAGGACAUGCUGCGGCUGGGAGCCAGCGUCAACAUGUACAUGUUCCACGGGGGGACCAAUUUCGCCUAUUGGAGUGGUGCUGACUUCAAGGAUCAGUACAAACCAGUGACCACCAGUUAUGACUACGAUGCCCCACUCUCAGAGGCGGGAGACCCCACCGAGAAGCUGUUUGCCAUCCGCACAGUGAUCAGCAAGUUCCAGACCCUGCCAGUCGGUCCAAUGCCACCCGCCACCCCCAAAUACGCCUACGGCUGGGUGGCCCUGCGGAAGUAUGCUGACCUCCUGGACGUCUUGGAUGUGCUGUGUCCCUCUGGGCCCAUCCAGAGCCAGUUCCCCCUCACCUUUGAGGCCACAAAGCAGGCCCAUGGCUUUGUGCUGUACCGCACACAGCUGCCCCAGGAUGUCCUGGACCCAGGGACGCUGAGUGCUCCUGCCCACAGCGUCUGUGACCGUGCCUAUGUGAUGCUGCAGAAGGAGUUCCAGGGGACGCUGGAGCGGGACGGGCGGACAGCGCUGCAUGUGACGGGCAGAGCAGGGGACACCCUGGAUGUGCUCCUGGAGAACAUGGGCAGGAUCAACUUUGGGGCCAACAUCAGUGACUUCAAGGGCUUGCUGGGGAACCUCUCCUUGGACUCCAGCCCUCUCAGCAACUGGCUGAUCUACCCCCUGGCCACAGACACUGCCAUCCGGCAGGGCUGGCCCCAUGCUGCCCUGCCGAAAUCAAGCAGUGGGGGCAGAGCGGGGCCAGCCUUCUACAUUGGGACCUUUGAGACCCCUGGCAUCGCCUGUGACACCUUUGUGAAGUUCCCAGGUUGGAGCAAGGGCCAGCUGUGGAUAAAUGGCUUCAACCUGGGCCGGUACUGGCCCUGCCGUGGGCCCCAGCAGACCCUCUUUGUGCCCAGCUCAGUGCUGCAUGCUGGCCGCCCUAACAACAUCACAGUGCUGGAGUUGGAGGGGGCACCCGCCACCCCUCUCUUACUCUUCCUCGACCGACCCCUUUUCAACAGGACCCUCAGCCACAGCCCUGAGGCCACAGAAUAAACACAGGGCUGCUGGGCACCAGCAGCACCUCUCGCUGGG